UAUAUAUCACACCGUUAUUGUUAAUAUUAUUAAAAUAAGUAAUAAAAUAUUUACCUCUUUAAUUUCCUCACUUCUCUCAAUUCAUAACAUUUAAACCCCAAAAAUAGUAAGAAGUAUAUAUAAAAAAACGGAGAAUAAAAAAUAAAAAAUAAUAAAGAGUACUAGCUAACACAUAUAGCAGAAGAUUACCCCAUCAUGAACAACAACCCGUUGAGCCCAGACGACGACGUUUCGCCAAAUCUAGGCGGGUUCAGAUACGGAAUAGGAGUCUCAGUUGGAGUUUUGAGUGUAAUCAUAAUCGUAACCCUGUUAUCCUACUUCUGCACCCGAAGGACUCGCUUAUCCAGGUCCCCAAACAGGACCGCAGCCCUCGUGGUUAUCACAAAUAGUAGUAGCGACGACUUUGAUCAAGAUCAUAAUCACAAUCAUAAUCAUCAGGUCGAGCAAGGGUUAGACGACGCUGUUUUGGAGAGCUUUCCUAAGGUUAUGUACAAUCAGACUAAGGUCCACACGAUUAAGGGAUCCAACGGUCGAAAUCAUCACCAGUCGUCUACUACGUCGGAUUCUAGUUGCUCUAUAUGCUUGGCCGAUUAUAACGACUCUGAUUUGCUCCGGUUGUUGCCCGAUUGCGGUCAUCUCUUUCAUUUGACCUGCGUUGACCCUUGGCUACGUCAGCAUCCUACGUGUCCUAUUUGUAGGAACUCACCCAUUCCCACUCCGUUGACCACUCCCUUGGCCGAGGUCGCUCCCUUGGCCUCCCGUCGAGAUUGAAAUUUGUUUAUAAUAAUCUACGAAGGCAUGACCUCUUUUUUUGUUCUUCUUUCUUCAAUAUAUUUUUUUUUUAUUUUUUAUUUUUAUUCAUUUUGCUAGAAUUUUAUGUAGAUGAUGUUAGAUUUAUAUUAUCCCGUUCUUUUUUAAGAUGGGAUUAUAUGAAAUUGGUUGGUUAGUUCAGAAUGAUUACAUGCAGGGGUGAAUUAAUUUGAUCAAUUAAAUUU